UUUAUUUACUUGCGGUUCGAUAAUAUUGCAAUGUGCUCUCGUAUAAGUUAUCAUUAAAUUUUAUUCGCUAUCUGUGAGGAAUACUUUAAGGUAAUGGGUAAAAUUCCUCUUUUCAACGAAUCCGACCAGGAAUGCGAUGAAGCUAUUGAAUUCAAGACGAACAAAGGUUAUGCCAAACAUUAUGAUGAAUUUCGGAAGAAAGAAAUUCUUGGGCAAUUGAAAAACCUUGAAUCGGAGGCAGAAUCAUCAUCUACCGAAGAUGAAACGACGGAUGAAGAAGUCGUCGAUCCGGAAUUCGAUAAGGAGUUCUUUCAAACCUUAGCCUAUCUGAAGCGACGUGACCCGGCCAAGUACGAGGAGAAGCCAAAUUUUUUUGAACAUGUUAAACCCAUCGAAGAAGUUGCGUUGGAAAAACGGAAGAAAAAGGAGAAACCAAUGACGGUGAAGGAUUAUGAACGGAAAGUUAUUUUGGAGAAAGGUGGUAUUUAUGAGGAUGAAGAAGACGGACGUCGUCGGGAGGAACGAGCAGAAUCACCUUCGCUGGUUAAACAACAGGAGCAACUGAAGGACGAAAUUAGGAAAGUGCUUAACCAGAUCGAUACCGACGAUGACGAAGCGGACGACGAAAGCGAGAAACCGAAAGGAGGACUUCUGACGAAACGCAUCAAAAGUAAAGAUGAUACCGAUAAAGAACAGGCAGACUAUUUGAAAUGGUUAGCCGAUAACAAGACGAAAGAUGCUCCGACAGACGAUAUUAAAAAGCUCAAGCCGUUGAAGGAGUUUUGGACCAGCAAUGCUCUAUCGAAAGAGGAUCUGUUUUUGAGAGACUACAUUUUGAAUAAGCGAUUCGUCGAUAGUUCCGGAGAUGUUCCGACAUACGAAGACAUUGUUGGUACGUCGGAAGACGAAGAAGAGUUGGAAAAACAGGAAGAAUAUGAGAGGCAAUAUAAUUUCCGGUUCGAAGAACCAGAUGCCGAGUUUAUCAAAAGAUAUCCUCGGAAUGUCGAAGAAUCUGUUCGAAUUGAGAAAAAUAAACGGAAAGAACAACGUCAAGCGUUGAAACUUCGGAAGCAGCAAGAAAAAGAACAGAAGAGACGGGAACUGGAGGAGAUAAAACAAAUGAAGCUGCAAGAAAUUAAAGAUAAAAUUCAAAAAUUGAAGGAAAUUGCUGCGACGGAAAACAUGACCAUCGGCGAGGAGGAGUUGGAAUCAGAUUUUGACCCAGAUGAGCAUGACCGGCGAAUGCGUAAAAUGUUUGACGAUGGUUAUUAUGAUGUCGAUGAAGGCGAUCAAAAACCGGAGUUUCCGGAUCUAGACGAAGAGCUAGGAAUUGAGAACUAUGACCGGGAACAGAUUGAUAAUAAUGAGCCGGAUGAUGGGCAACACUGCGAGGAUGAUGAUUUCAUUAUGGAUGCCGAUUACGAUGAGAAUCAGAAAAAGAAGAAACAGUUCCAAAACGAACCACUGGAAGCGACCGGUAGUAAAAAGAAGAAAAACAAAAGAAAAUCAAAAUUUGUUGAAGUCUUGAGAAAGGAUAAGCCCGUAUUUGAUCCGGAAGAUGAGAAAACCUACGGAGAGUAUAUCGAUGAGUAUUACAAACUGGAUUAUGAGGACAUUAUCGGGGAUUUGCCAUGUCGUUUUAGAUACGUGGAAACAGUGCCGAAUGAUUUUGGACUGUCGGUGGAAGAGAUUCUAAUGGCAAACACUCGUGAGCUGAAUCGUUGGGCCAGUGUGAAGAAAACGGUUCAAAUAAGGCCAAAAUAUGCCGAACUGAAUGAGGCAAAUGUUUACAAAAAGAAGGCCCAGAAUGAGGAAUUAAAGAGAAAGAUUCUGCCAAGUCUGUACGUGAAACACGAGGAUAGCGAUUCGAUGGAAGACGAUGAAAUUAAACAGAAAAAAUCUAAUAAAGUAACUAAACUAGAGGAUGACGAAAAAGCACCCACUGAAACGGUGGUAGAACUUGCUGAUCACAAAACGAAAAGAAAGAAGAAAAAGAAGGAUUCGGUUGCUGAUGUUUCAAAUGCCGAAUCAAAAAAUGAUACAAAAGAAUCUGCCACGGAUUGUGGAGCGCAACAAAAUCCCUCCGGCAAGAAAUCCAAAAAGAAACCUGAACAUACAUACAAAAUGGAUGCCGAUGGCGCAAGUAAUUCAACGGAUGUUAAUCGAGACGUUGGUCACAGCGGAAAAUGGAAAGCAGAUAGUAGGAAACGGAAACAGCAGAACGGCGACAAGGUCGGGGAUAAGUUUAAGAAACAGAAAAUUUCUACAACUUCAUCAAAUGUAAGUGAAAGCCGGCUACGAGCGUUUGGAAUCAAUCCUAAGAAAUUCCAUAAUAAGCUUAAGUAUGGCAAUCAACAAAAACAUGAAGGAGAAAUGCCGAAACAUCAGAAUGGUGCGGAGAAACGCAAUGGAAAGCCUAAACGAUGGAAGAAUCAAAACGGAAAUUUCAAAAAGAAAAAUUGAAAGAUGGAAUGAUUUCUAUUGUUGAAUAAAGUUUAUGCUAAUUGUAAA